CUUAGCUCAAUUCGGCCCAGGCAGGGCAACCCGGUGAUCUGAGCGUUGACUCGCGGGGAUUUUCAGUUUCAGAGCGCCAAACCGAGUGGCGAGCAUGAGGUCUUCGAGUGGCGGAUCCUCCAUCGCUUGCCUCAUUCUGGUGAUUGCUGCCUGCGCACGUGCCGGAUCGCAAGAACCCCACCUCGGAUCGGCUCGUGUUGUUUUCCAGACUAAUUAUGGGGACAUCGAAUUUGGGUUCUAUCCAGACGUUGCUCCCAGAACGGUGGAUCACAUCUUCAAGCUCGUCCGUCUUGGGUGCUUCAACACCAAUCACUUCUUUCGGGUGGAUAAAGGUUUUGUAGCCCAAGUGGCUGAUGUUGCGGGCGGCAGAUCCGCACCCAUGAAUGAUGAACAGAGAACAGAAGCCGAGAAAACUAUCGUUGGGGAGUUCAGUGAUGUCAAGCAUGUUAGGGGCAUUCUUUCCAUGGGGAGAUUUGACGAUCCGGACAGUGCACAAUCCUCUUUCUCAAUACUUCUUGGAGACGCUCCACAUCUUGAUGGCAAGUAUGCUAUAUUUGGUAGUGUCACCAAAGGUGACGAGACAUUGAAAAAGCUUGAGCAACUACCUACUCGCCGCGAAGGGAUGUUUGUAAUGCCAACUGAGCGCAUCACAAUUCUAUCAUCGUAUUAUUAUGAUACUAGGGCUGAGAGUUGUGAAGAGGAGAAUUCUACUUUGAGGCGCAGCCUGGCUGCUUCGGCUGUUGAGGUAGAGAGACAGAGGAUGAAAUGCUUCCCGUGAUGCUUUGUAGAUCAUUGGAAGGAAGUGUUCUGAUUUCCUCAUCAUUCAGCCACCAUGCUUGUGACAUAUCCUCGUUGUACUGCUUUUGGCUAUGUAUGUAUCGAGUGAACUUAUUGAAGAUAUUAGAAAAGAAAAGUCAACUGCUUCAUUCAUUCUGUAAGUUAAACAAAAAGCAUGAAGAUGAAGGUUACUUUGUGAGAACAUUCUCGUUGACUAAGCUGACAUUGCUAGUGGAGUUACUCGAGAGUUGAGAAAUUGAGGAAUCAUAGAUACAUUUUCACUUCCAAAAUUGGGAACUCGAGCCAUUCAUCCAUAUGUUUUCCGAAUUUGUCAAAUAUUUUUAUAGUAAUGAUGCUUGAAUCUGAUUGGAUUU